AGUCGGGACCGUGUAUAUCAGUCCAGCCCGUGCCAUUCGAGAUGAACACGCAAGACGUGCCACGUUUCCAACAACUCAUUGAUGAACAGAGAGCCUGCCAAGUUUCCAACGAGUCUUCGGCUGCACAAACAUUCAACAUGUCCCACAACGAAUCUUCCAGCAUGGGGAGCGAUCGCGAGAUGAAGAUCCGGAUGGCCCAGGAGGCUCGGGCCGUCAUCGAGUUCGAGGAGGAUCCCCACCGCGCCGCGCUGGAGGACAACCCUACCGAGGCGCGGGUCGGCAUCAAAACCUGGGUUGCAAUCUUUUCCAUGGCUCUCUCUUUCGGUCCGCCAGUUGGACUCGCGUUCCUCGCAGUCGCCUCCAUCAUCGUCCAGAUCACCGCAGAGCUCGGCGGACAAGACCAGCUCGCCUGGGUCGUGGGAUCGUGGUCCCUCUCGACGGCCUGCUCCUUCUCUCUGGCGGGACCCCUCAGUGACGUCUUCGGGAGGAGGAUCUUGGUCCUGGGCGGCCAGUGUGCCGUUGCUGUCGGCUGCAUCGCCGCGACCGCCGCGCAGAACAUCUCGACCCUCAUCGCCGCCGAGACGGUCAUUGGUCUCGGGACCGGCUUCGUCUUCGUCUCCUACGCGGGCGUGCCCGAGAUGCUCCCUAACAAGUGGCGGUCCCUUGGUCUGGGCAUUCUGGAAUCCGGCAUCGCCGUCCCCUGGGGCAUCCUCUCCGUACUGCUCGGUAACGCCCUUUACAAGUACGCCUCGUGGAGGUGGAUAUUCGGCAUUGGCAUCAUCAUCGAGCUCAUCGCCCUACUCGGCACUUGGUUCUCCUACCAUCCGACCCCGCGGCCGCGGGGUGACUUCGAUAAGACCCGCACGCAGCAACUUCAGGACGUCGACUGGGUCGGCCUGGCCCUCUUCACGUCCGGGCUGGCGGUGGCCCUCAUCGGCCUGACAUGGGGCGGCACCCCGGCCUACCCGUGGAACAGCGCCGGAGCCAUCGCGCCCAUCGUCGUCGGCCUCGUGGUCUUGGCCCUGGGCUUCGCCUACGACUUCAAGAUCGCCGCGCGCCCCAUGUUCCCGCUCAAGCUGUUCGUCAUGUUCCGGCGCUACUCUGUCCUGUUGGUUGUCCUCUUCGUCUCGGGCAUGAACUUUCACGCCAUGUCGGCCCUGCUCCCGCAGGGCUUCUUGUACAUGUUCACCACCGACGGCAUCCAGAUCGGGACCCUCUCUCUGCCCAACACGCUCAUGAUUGGCUUCACCGGCGUGCUCGCGCCUCUCAUUGCGCACAAGGUUGGCCACAUUAAGUGGCAGCUCGUCAUUGGCAUGGCCUUUCAGGCCGUCUUCAUCGGCGCCAGCGCGGGAACUGUGUAUCCCAACCACAAGUUCGCCUACGCUUUUGUGCCUGCCAUCGGUGUGCCCAUGUUUGUCUGGGUCACGAUCCUGUCCUACGCGAUUGCCAGUCUCCAUGUUCCCCACUCGAAUCUCGGGGUCGCCAUGGGUCUGUUGGGCACCUUCAGAUCGGGAGGCGGCGCCGUUGGCAACGCCCUCUUCAACACAAUCUUCCAAGAGAAGUUCCGUGAGUUCGCCGGCGAGGAAGUCACAAACGCCGCUGUCAGUAAUGGGCUGAACCCUGCGGACCUGGGCCUCAUCAUCCCGGCAGCGAUCCAGUACAACAUGGGCAACCCCCGAGCACUACUGAACGUCCCCGGCAUCACCCCCGAGAUUCAGGAGGCUCUCAGGGUGGCUGUAAGGGCUGGAGCUGGGCACGCCUUCAAGAUUGUGUUUUAUGUUACCAUCCCGUUCAGCGUUGUCGCGCUGCUGUGCUCUCUUUUCGUUGAGGAUCCGACAGCUUACAUGACGAACCACAUCCAAUCCGCCAUGGACCAUGAUCAGGCAGCGCCGAGGCGUGGCAAGCGUGCAACGUCCCUUGAAGAGGGCCAGGCCAUUGAGUUUGAGACCAGAACAGUCCAUGUGGAACCCGCGGGAAAGAACUAAUGUAGAUAAUCGCAGGCUCGACUACAUGACGGGCCAAGUGGUUACAGAGCCGAGAGGUCAUUUCUCUAACGGAGGGACUUCAUGUUUAGACUUGGGACAAACAAUCCUAAAAGUCGAUAACUUGUACUUGGCUGGAUUCUAAUUUGAUGUUUCUUCUUUUUUUUUGACAAUCAUAGGACUGGAUUCGCUGAAUGCGGUCAAUGAGACUUUGCGUCUUUCUCACACGGGGGAAGAACUAAUACGAGAGUAUCAUCUGGC